AUGGCUUUUGAAUGGAGUGAUGCGAUGCUGUCUCCCAUUUCUGAGUUUCUGAUCGAAGAAGCCCGGCUGCAGCGUUUUGACCCCAAUGCGUUUCUGCCAAAUCUUCCAGUGCUAGCACUGCUCCAGGAGGAAGCAGCUGCCCAGAAAGCGUUGGAGGCGGCCGCUCGUCGCCGUACACUCGCAGCAAACGUGGCUGCUUCGACAGUGGCAGAUGCAAGCGGUGUUAGCAAAAGGACCCGGCCCAAGGACAUCACCGCAUCGACCCCGACUUGCAAAACGCCGAAUCCAAAGCAUGUCAAGAGCAGCGAGUGUGUUGCUGUGACCCCUUCGGUGGACACUCCGAAUCCGAAUCAGCAGACCCCCUUGGUGAACACUCCGAACCAGCCGACCCCACUGGUUUCCACACCGAACAAGCAGCUGUUCGCGACGCCGGCCAAGGGCUACAGUGCGGAGUCCCUGGAGAUGGCGACCCCGGAUGUUGUGACCCGAGCUAGGGCAUUGCACAAUGAGCUGAUGGACUCGACUCUGCAUGACACGCUUAUGGCGACGCCUAACCGUGCCGAUGCCGAUCUGGAAACACAGAUUGAUGCAGAUCUCGCGAAGCUUAGCUUGGAGGACCCAGCCAUGUCCCAGCAGUCCAGCAACCUUGGCUCGGGGCCGGAUGCAGUGCAGGUUCAGGGAUCUGUGGGCACAGACAACGCUACUUCUGCCCUCCUGGCAUUAGUCGAUGUGCUUCAGAAAAACCCUAGUGACAUGCAGAAAGCCUUGCUACGCCCUGGGACCGUGGAGUUCGAAGCAAUAGCUGCUGCAGUCCAGGCUGCUAAGACCGCAGAGACUCAACAGCUUCAAGCACUGCAAGCACCGCAAGGUAACAGUGAGCAAGCACCGCAAGGCAGCACUGAGCAAGCACCGAAAGGCAGCACUGAGCAAGCACCGCCCCAGCAAGGCUUCAUGGCUUCGCAGGCCAUGGAUAGCUACCUAGAGAAUGUUUACAGCAAAAGCCAUCGCUGCGACUCCCGGUCACCGCCUGGAAUGAGACCUGAGCAUCCGGAACCUGAGCCGGUACCACCGAAACUCAUCGACGCCCAGGAGCCUAAGCCGAUGGAGGUCGAGCCCAAAGCCCCACAAGUGUUGCAGCCGCUAGCGUCGAUUCCACAAGCCCCCAUCAGCAAAGUGGUGGCAAAUGCAUUGGUGCAUAUGGGGCCCGACCAAGCUUUGCAGAAGCCAGAGCCGAUCGCACAAGCACCGAAGCAAGCACCUCAGGAGCCACAGCCGAUCGCACAAGCACCGAAGCAAGCACCUCAGGAGCCACAGCCAAUCGCACAAGCACCGAUCGCGAAGCAAGCACCUCAGGAGCCACAGCCGAUCGCACAAGCACCGAUCGCGAAGCAAGCACCUCAGGAGCCACAGCCGAUCGCACAAGCAUCGGAGCAAGCACCUCAGGCGCCACAGGCGCAGCAGCAGCAGAUGCCUCCGCCUUCCCAAGUUCCACGCCGUGAUGUGGAAUCCAACCCUGCCCUGCCACCUAGCAGUGCUCCCUCGACCCCUGGCCCCAGUGAUGUUGACGACGAUCCAGAACUUAGUGCCCUUGCAGAUGUGGCACACCAGCUGAAGGAAGCUGCCCGGAAGACCCGGAUGCGGUUCUUGCGAUCCUUCGAAAGCAAGAAGUGCCCAGCGGUUAUUCUCGAACAAUGGAAUAGAGCCACGAACACUGGCGGGCCCCGAGACUCUGCAGCAGUCGACAAGAUGUUUCGCGAGUACAUUAUGGCUGGGGAAUCCUGGGGAUGCUCGCGAGUGGUUGCAGUGCAACAAAUCGUCAGCCGGUACUCGGCCGAGGGCGUCUACGUCUGGAUCAACAAACAGGAUCCAUACAGAAACGGUUAUCCCUAA